UGUUGAACUCAAAUUUGAGUCGCGGCAAGAGGCCUCAUUAGAGUUUCUGACCCACACACUUUCCUCCCCCUUCCCAACACGUCGGAACACGAAUCUCGAAGUGGCGAAAAAGAUUUAACUUUGCGGAACAACCUUCCAACAGGCGUUAAGAUGCCAAUGAACGGGAUACAAAAGAUUUUUCACCGCAAUGCUGGGGCUGGAGUACCGAGCCCAUUUGACCAUCUGGAGCAGCAUAUGGAGGAUAUUGUGGGGAAUGGGGGGGUCCUGAAGGAGAUGAUCCGCCCUGGCGAUGGCCCCCUUGUGCCCCCAAAUGCUUCAGUGAUAAGUAAUAUCAAUUUUUCACUGACUGCAAGCCUAAACAUGCAUUAUGCCGGCUACCUGGAGUACGCGGAUCUGCCGUUUGAGACCACGAUGGACGUCAAGCAUCCCGGUCUCCUUAAGCUGGGCCAAGACGUCACGGUGAUCGGGAUGGAGCUGGGCUUGCUGACCAUGCGGAAAGGCGAGUUCUCGCGCUUCCUGCUGCAGCCGCGCUACGCCUACGGAGACCUGGGCUGCCCGCCCCUCGUCCCCCCCGCCUCCCGCGUUUUGUUCGAGAUCCGGCUCGUAGAAAUCCUGGACUUGGGAGAAGUGGAGGAAUUUCUCCAGCUCACAAAGGAGGAGCAGGACGCGUUUCCGUUGUCCAAACUGAUAAACGUGGUUGACACGGUGCGCUCUUUUGGCAACAGAUGCUUCAAGCAGACUCACUACCAAAAAGCCAAAGAGUGGUACAAGCAGGCGACGGUGUUGCUGAGGAGCAGGGCGGACCAGAGCGUUGACGAAAAGAAGGAAGUCCGGGCGGCCCUGCUGCCUCUUUAUCUGAAUCUGUCCUUGGUGGAGCUGCGCGAAGAAAAUCCAAAGAAAGCUCUCAAGCACGCCAACGGCGCUUUGGACCUCGACGCCACCAACAUCAAGGCACUUUACCGCUGCGCGCAGGCGUAUGUGGAGCUGCACGACUACAAGCGCGCUCACCGUUGCCUCGUCAAAGUCCAGGCCAAGAAACCCUUCGAUCCAGACGUCAACGAGCUCCUGAAGACCGUCACCUUGUCCUACAAAGACAACUUGGACAAAGAGAGAGAAUUGUACGGCAACAUGUUCCCAGGCUUCAAGAGCCCACAUGGUCGUCGCUGGCGAGCGGGACGGCACGGUGGGACGCAGGCGGCCAACAUGGUUCCCAGAUUGGCUUUCUACCUUCACCUCAGCCGACGGACAGGCCACUACAGCGUCCAGCAGAACCACAGCUCGCUUCCCGGCGACGGUCCCGGCGCGGAGAACCAGCAUCCCAGGCCCUCCGUGUGCUCCAAUCCUGGCUCCAGCCCCAGACACAGUCCCAAGGCCAGGCUGCGACCGCGGCCGCCAUGUCAGCGCUGCAACUCCCAGGACUCGCUGGACGAGCUGCAGAUGGACGACUACUGGAAGGAGGUGGAGAACAUCAGUCGCUCGGCAGAGAAGGGCGGAUGUGAGAGCGGGAAUGACGAAGAGGAGCAGCAGAAACCCCCCGACGAGGGAGAACAGGAAGAAGCCUGGCUCACGGAGGCGGGGCUAGUGCGGCUGUUUGACGGUUCGCUGGAAGCCGACCAGGAACAGGAAGAGGAGAGCGCCGUGUUCCUGUCCACGCUGACUCGAGCGCAGGCGGCGGCGGUGGAGCGGCGGGUGACCUCGCUACAGCAGACGCUGCGACGGCGCAACCGGCAGCACCUGCCCGAUGUCCGGGAUAUAUUCAGACCGCCUGAAAAGGACAAAGAGCCGUGCGAGGACCGAGGGGGAAGCGAGAGCGCACCGAGUGACGCCAGCUCAGCCGAACCGGAGACGGUCAUGAACGUGGACGUGGCGUUCUCGGAGCAGGCGCUCACGUACAGGGACAACCGGCCUCGCCUCGCCGUCCAAGCGAGUCCCGACUCGCCCGACGAUAAGUUACCGAACUUCAGGCUCUUGAGAGAUAAAACGGGUCAGACCAGAGUCGGGCAUCUGUCUCCGCUGGAUAUGAAAAAGGUCCGAAGGCUCGCUCUGGUGGAGAUGACGGCUCUUUUCGACACGGCGGGCGUCGACCUGAAAGCGCACAAGCCCGGAAAAUUGAAGGCAAAAGAAAGCGGUCUGUUUGGGGUUCCCCUCGUCACUUUACUGGAGCAGGACCAGAGGAGGGCAAGCGGGACCAAAGUGCCCUUCAUCCUGCAGAGGCUCAUCAGCCACAUCGAGGAGGAAGGACUCGACACAGAGGGGCUGCUCAGGAUCCCCGGCGCCGCCACCAGAGUCAAGUCCCUGUGCCAGGAGCUGGAGUCCUGCUUCUACGACGGCACGUUCCCGUGGCGACAGCUGAAGCAGCACGACGCCGCCAGCCUCCUGAAGCUGUUCAUCAGGGAGCUGCCGCACUCGCUGCUGACCGUCGAGUACCUCAACGCCUUCAUCGCCGUCAACAAGCUGCCCACGAAGAAGCAGCAGCUGCAGGCUCUGAACCUGCUGGUCCUCUUGCUGCCUGAAGCCAAUCGGGAUAGUUUGAAGGCCCUCGUGGAGUUCUUCCAGCGUGUCAUCGAGCACCAGGCCAAGAACAAAAUGAGCCUGAACAACGUCUCGGUCGUCAUGGCGCCCAACAUCUUCAUGUUCAAGGGCUGCCGCUCAAAGGUGACCGAGCAGCAGGAGUUCUCCAUGGCGACCGGCACCGCCAACAUCGUGCGGCUGCUCAUUAGAUACCAGAACCUCCUGUGGACUAUCCCCAAGUUCAUCGUGACGCAGGUCCGGCAGCAAAACAUGGAGAGCCAGCGCAAGCAGAACAAAGAGCGAGCCGUGCGGAAGCUGCUGAAGAAGAUCACCACGGAGAAACUUCCGGAGAGGGCCCCUCCCGAGGAGAACUCGCAGGGAUUCAUCCGCGUGCAGGCGCCGCAGUUCAGCAAAGUGUCCAUGGCCGUCCAGCUCACCGAAGACCUGCAGGCGGCCGACGUGCUGACGCGCUUCCUCAGCCAGGACAGUUCUGUGGCAGUCAAGCGAGAGGACUUGUGUCUCUAUGAGAUUGGCGGAAACAUCAAGGAACGGUGUCUGGACGGGGAAACCUUCAUGAAGGACCUCUUCCAGCUCAACCCCACGGCCGAGUGGGUCAUCAAAACGGCGCAGUGAUCGGCUCCUCUCCACCCGCACCAGAAUCUGCAGGAAGUUCAGGAGAACGGUUCGCUCAUCUGCUACCCGCUCGUAGGAAUAUUGAGAAUCCCGCCCCCAGAGCCUUUCAACCGCUUGAAGUGUUGAUAAUAAGUGCAUAUAUGUGAUAUGCGGCGAAAUGGGAACAUUUAAGCGUCAUCAUAACCACUAAUCGUGCUUUUCGUUUGCUUUAUGAACUCGCAAAGUUCUGGAGGUCCAGUGCGUGUUUGAGGCCAUGACUUGCACAGGCUCAUCAGCAGCAGCGAGCUUGAAACACUCCACACCCUCCAUCUCAUAAUGAUACUAAUAAUCAUCACGUGUGCUUGCCGCCAUCUUGGGACUGCAUGAAAAGUGGCCGCGUUACGUUUCAUGUGACGGUUUUGAUUGAUUUCCGGUUUUAACGGCCUGCCGCAUUUCAAAGUGACGGAAAUAAGCCUUUUGUCAUUUCGUUUACACCGAUUACAAAUAUGAUUGAUCUUGUAUCUGACCACUACUGCAUGUAAAUAAACAUUUAGUUAUGAACUUUAA